AUGCUUUUCUCCGUCCUCGCCUUUCUUGUAUUAUGCCCCGUCGUGCUUGGCGCCAUAUAUGAAAGCUAUGAUAGCCUUCCCAGGAAAGAUUUCCAUUAUAUCAUCGUCGGAGGCGGGACGGCAGGCAAUGUACUUGCCAAUCGUUUAACCGAAGAUCUGAAUGCCUCUGUUCUUGUUCUCGAAGCGGGCGAAUCAACAGCAGACGUCCUUCUCUCGCAGGUCCCGUUCUUUUCUCCUCGUGCAAUAAAAUCAUCAUUAGAUUGGAACUUUACCACCACGGAGCAGCCAGGAUUGAACCGACGGUCUAUCCCAUACCCUCGUGGAUACGGUUUGGGAGGAAGCAGCGCCAUCAAUUCUAUGUUCUAUACCCGUGGUUCCUCGCAAGACUAUGACCGUUACGCUCGGAUCAGUGGUGACCCGGGAUGGGGAUGGGACGCUCUACGACCGUAUAUUCGUAAGAAUGAACGUUUCCUCACUCCUGCCGACCAUCACAAUGCUACCGGCAAGUUCAACCCCAAGGUCCAUGGCUUCAAUGGAGUCACGUCCGUCUCUCUGCCCGAAUAUCCGCGUGCCACGGACGACCGCGUCAUUCAAACAACGAUGGAUCAUGCUAGCGAGUUCCCGUUCAACUUGGAUUAUAAUUCCGGGUACCAGCUGGGUAUUGGAUGGGCACCCUUAACGAUUGGAAAUGGUACCAGAAGCAGCUCACAGACGUCGUAUCUCGGUCCUGAGUUCAUCGACCGACCGAAUCUGCAUGUCUUGAUUCGCGCCCGUGUUACCCGGAUUCUCCAAAGCAAGAACAACAACGCAUCGCCCUACCUACCCUCAUUUAUCGCCAUCAUUCUCUCUGCCGGAUCCAUCGGCACACCGCAUAUACUCCUUCAUUCUGGUAUAGCUCUAGGAAUUGCUUCCAUUGUUCACCUCCCCGAUGUUGGCAAGAACUUGUCGGACCAUGUCCUAUGGGACAUCCCCUUUAUCGCUACCGACCCCAAUACGAUCGACAACAUUUAUUACAGAAAUACUACUUUCCAAGCGGAGGUUUUGGCCGAGUGGCAAGCCAAUCGAACAGGCUUUUUGACAGCGGGUUCGGCAAACCAGUUAGCCUUCCUUCGUAUCCCCGAUACUGCCAAAGUUCUGAAUGAAGAACCGUCCGCGGGGAAUGAAACGGCGCAUUACGAGCUGGCCUUUUUGAACGGUCUUGUCAAUGGUCCUACCAACGCCGGGAACUUCUUUGUAGUUGUAUCCUCACUUCUUUGUCCUUUGUCGCGCGGGGAUGUUACCAUCAACAGCUUGAACCCAUUGGACCCACCUCUGAUCGACCCGAAUUAUCUCUCACAUCCACAAGACCUCGCUGUCAUAAAGUAUGCCAUCGAGAGCGUGAAAAGGUUUGUCAAUACCACGGCGUGGGAAGGAUAUAUUCUCGAGAUGGCGACGAAUACCACCGAUGAUGAUAUCAAGAGUAGGGCAUCAAGCGUAUAUCAUCCGGUUGGCACUGCGAGUAUGUCCCCGGUUGGUGCCGACUGGGGUGUGGUUAACCCGGAUUUGACGAUGAAGGGCGCGAUGGGGGUGAGGAUUGUGGAUGCUUCGGUUUUGCCGUUCGUGCCUGCAGGACAUACUAUGGCGCCGGUGUAUGCCUUUGCGGAGAGGGCAGCGGAUUUGAUCAAAGCUAGCUCGACAAAAAACAGCGGAAAAUAG